AUGGCACCCGUACGGUCUGUUUCGUCUUCCUUUCCUUCUCUAUCCGUCGACAUGCCCGCUGAUGACCACCCCAGAUUUCGCCAUGACCCCAGCUGGUCCUAUCACCAAGGUGUAGCCGGUUCGAUGCUCAAAGCUUUCCUCCGUACCUUUACUGCCCUACACAUGAAAUGGCCGCUAUCUCUCAAGCCACACCACGAGUCGGAUCGAUUCGUGUUGAUUAACCCUGCCACCCGGGAGUGUUACACCGGAGUGAUGGUGGAUGAGGCCGUCAAACCCGAGACCAUCGGUGCCACCUGGUAUCCUGAGCCCUUUACUCGCGGCACCUCUCUUCCGGAUGGCGAAUAUGUUAUCUUGCACCUCCACGGUGGUUCUUACAUUCUGGGUGACGGUCGCUCCUCCUCCUGUAACUUUAUGGCCCAGACCCUCCUCGAACAGACUCCCGCCAGCUACAUGCUCUGCCCCCAGUAUCGACUCGCCUGCAACCACAACGGACGGUUUCCGGCUCAACUGCAGGACGCACUUGCAGCAUACGUGUAUCUCAUUCACACCCUCCACAUCUCGCCCUCUCAAAUCGUACUCAGCGGCGACAGCUCCGGCGGUCACCUCGUCCUGGCGCUUCUCCGGUAUAUCGUCAAUUUCAACCGGCCAGAUUUGUUACCAGCGCCGAAAUGCAGCUGGGCCUGGUCUCCUUGGUGCGACGUACCUGCUGCAGUCGACCCCAGUGCCUGGACGCACAGCACCAACUACAAAACCGAGUAUAUACCAGGCUCUUUCCCAGCCUGGGGAGCGAGACAGUUCCUUGGCGAUUUGGACAUUACUCCAGAAGUUGAGCCCUACGUAGCUCCCAUUUGGCAUCCGUUUGUUGUUCCCUCGCCGGUGUUGGUCAUCACCGGCGGUCGCGAGGUUCUUUGUCAAGAUCACAAAAGGCUGGCACAAGAGUUUCAAAAGCUGCCCGGGAAUGAGACAUCCAUUGAUUUGGUAGUGGAGGAGAAGGUACCGCAUGAUGUGUUGAUGAUUGGGUGGAUUAUGGGAUUCAAGGAUGAAGCCCGUCAUUGCGCUACCAAGGCUGGGGAAUUUCUCCAUCGGGUGCACUCGUCAUCUGGUAGCAAGGAAGCCGAUGCUCAGAUGUGA